CAUAACACGCCCCCCUAGCUGGGAGAGGGGGCGUGCCAUGGCAACCUUAGCGCCGGCACCCCGUGAGAUCGGGGAUGGCUGAUGUGCCCCCCCACCCACCGUUCUGCAUUGGCGUGGGUGGUUCGGUGGCGACCGUUAGCCGGCCUCGGGGAAGUCCUGAGGAAUUUUUAGACGGAAUCCGGAGGCGUAUCGAAAGCUGAUCCGUCGCAUGCCGCAAGAUGGCCAAAACCGAUACGGGGAAGGCCGUAAAUCGAUCUAGAAUCGGUCCUUGGUGUGGCCGGUCCAGCGGCCAGUCUCCCUGGACCCGUUGAAGAGCAGAGGGAUCGGCACCCACCAUGCCUUGCGGUUGAGAGCCCCCCCCUUGGGUAUUUCCAUAACCCUUUCGUGUCCCCGUGAGCCAUGGGAGAAGUUCACUCCCAUAAGGACGAGAAAACCAAUCUUCCCAUCCCAUCGUAUCCCAGCGUCUCGCCCAACGCAAAACGAAGUCGGUUCCGCACUCCCCGUGCAUAUUCUCACUGCCCUCUCCCCUGUGCCGCUUCCCCGUUGUAACCCCCGUAACCCCUGACAGGCCGCCUAAGCCGCCCCAACCCUCUCCCUGCUCACACACACGCAGCCGAAUUCCCUCACUUCCCACACCGAAAUCCCUGGUACCCCUGUCAGUAGCCGUAGCCACCGCACAAAGGAAAUCGGCCGCCCACACACGAACAAGUUCCGCUGUGAACUUGUCAACACCGAACCUCCACGCCGAAACCAACACCAACAACAACAUCACACCGACACCGACGACUGCACAACCACAGAACCAGCACCAGCACUACGAUCACGAAGAUCGUAUCUUGAGACAGUAUAUCACCAACACGACCAACCACCACCACCACCGCCACCAUGCCUCUCGCCGGUGUGGGGCUUGUCCUCACCAUUUGCGGCGCGGCCUGCGUCUUCGGCUUCCUGGGCGGCCUCACCCAACGCUGCUACAUGCAAGCCCGCUCCCGCUCCGCCGCCUACCGCGACCACAACCGUGCCUGGCCGGCCCCUUCUCAGGAUAUCGAGCUCGGCCCCAUGGGCGGUGGGCGCCGCGCUGUUGUGUUUGUCGAUGGGGAGUUGGCGGUCCAGGGGCCGGGGGGGAGGGUCUGGCACCCGGAUGCUGAGGCCCAUGCCGCGAAUGGGAGGGAGGAGAGGGCGGGGAUGGGGUGGUCGACGGCGUAG